AUGCAAACCACCGUUAGGGCUUUCCGUUGGAAUCAAAAUUUGCUUGAUGGUUAUACCUCAUUGAAUAUCGAGGUAUUGACAUCUGCUAGCAUUUUUUCAAUAUCUAGAGAUCACUGCAUUUCACCAAUUGAGUCAAUGCAAGAAUUUGCUGGGAUGGAUGAUAGGUUCAGUGCUCUUAGCCAACAGUUAGCUUUUCACAUUCUUAGUUUUCUCAACAUAGAAAACCUUGGUCAGCUAAUGCUUGUGUCCAGAAGGUGCAAGUCAUUAUGUGUUUCCGUCCCCUGUUUGACUGUUGAUAAUCGGAAUUAUACGCAUAAUUUGAUUUCUAGGCAGCGUUUCAACCAAUUUGUGGACAAGUUUUUUGUUCUACGCUCAAACUCUGGAACUAAGACACCACACUUUACUUUGGUUUGGUCUUUCCAAGGGAGCCGUUGUGAUCAGAAGAAGAAGAGAAAAAAAAUAGUGUCUUUACGUGGUGUUGAAAGGCUUUCUAUUAGCUUGGUGCCUCAAGAGGGCAGCCCUAAUUACUUUCCGCGUUUUGUCCUCUGUUCUAAAUCUCUCAAGGACCUUAAAUUCUGUUCCAACAAUUGUGUUCUGAAAUUUACUCGAUCCUUUUCCUUACGCUUCCCCUCAGGGCUUGAAAGCUUGACAUUGCAAUAUGCUCGAAUCCCUGAUAAGUUCUUCAGUGAUGCAAUUUCAGAGCUAUAUUCCCUCAAGUCCUUGUAUCUGUAUGAGUGUGUUGGUCUGAAGGGCAUCUAUAUACGAAGUGCAUCACUCAAGCAGUUGAAAAUCAUAAAUGAGAAACCUGUUGAACUCUGCCACCUUGAUGUCAUAGCGUCGGAGCUUGAAAAAAUCUUUGUGACAUGGUAUCCAGCUGAUUUUAGCAGGACUUCAUUUCAGAUUACUUGUUCUGGCCUCCAAGAUUUUGUGUGGUAUGGCUAUCCUGUGAAUUUUUAUCACUCUGAGGGAAAUUGGAGCGAUCUACAAUGUGCUGCACUUUAUCUGACACUUCCACCUGGAUCAGAAGUUGGAUCUUUUUCCAGACAUGAUGUUCAAUAUGUUCUGCCCAGGUUAGAGAGAUCAGCCAAAUUCUUACGACUGCAUGCCAAAACAAUUGAGAUUUUGUUUAAGCUUGGUCACUUGACGACUCAAUUAGAUGCAGUGAGGAACUUGGCUAUAGAUUAUUGUUUUUUAAGCGAUGACCAAGUACCGAUAAUUGCCUCCUUUCUGAAAACAAUAUCUUGUUUGGAAACUUUCUAUUUGACGUCAUCUCCAACUGUUGUUCAGAGCUGCUUCAAGGAUGGAAAAUUGAAAGCAGCAAUGUCUCCUGAAGGUUUUGGGUUCAGUGUGGAAUAUUGGGAGACCCAAGAACUGAGGUUCAUAGAUGAAUUGAGGAAAGCAACCGUCGAGGUUCACAGAGAAGAGGGGAAUGAUAUGGAGCUGGUUAAGUAUCUGCUGAAGCAUGCAAGAGGCCUGGAAUACCUGACCAUUGUAUGUGAACCGUCUUUGGCAUCAAGUAUUCCGAGACGUCUAAGUUCAUAUACGAAGGUCUCCACCAAGUUCAACUUCUGCUUAAGGCCUCAAACUGAUGCUUGUAAUUAGUUGGGGUUCGAGUGUUCAUGAGCACAUGCAUUGCCUCCUUCAUUUAGGGGUUGGACGUCGAUGUAUGUGAGAAUAUCUUAUUACGGUUAUCUUUGUUCUAUUUCCUAUUAAUGGUUUUUGCUUGUUC